AUGGUCACUCAGCUCAAGCAGGCGAAGAAAAAAUUGGAUCAGGCGAUGAUCACGGGCGAGGAGCUCGACCCCGACCUGAAGAAGUGCCUCGAGCACAAGGCCGCCUUCCUGUCCGAGUACAACAGCUUGGGCCUUUUUGACGGCAAGAAGCAACAGAUGCUUGAGAUGUGGAAGACGGACAAAAGCUUGAAGCAGUGGGCAGAGUCGAGGACAACCCACUCCUCGACGACGAGUGUCACACAGGAGAAGCUGGACAACUACGGGACCAAGUUCGAUGUGGCCAAGCUCCUGAAUUUGGAUCCGGACUCGAAGGAGCAAAGUAAGAUUUUGAAUGCGGUCCUACACGACCUACCUCAAGAUGAUGCAUGGGACGAAAGCAACCCCAUGGAAAAAACCUUCAAGCAGAUGAACAUGAUUCGCUACACCUUCUCCAAGAACUUGGGUGUCUCGACCAAGCGUGGCAAGGAAGAAGUUGAUUCUUUCGUUCACACAAGGGACGUUUGUGGCAAAAAGCUCAAGCAAAUGCUCGAAGAUGGCGGCUCCGGCGGCUCGGGCGGCUCGAGCGGGGACCCAGCGGUCAAGCUGGAGCACGUGUGGAUUCUGCCAGCCCAGGAGAAGCACAAAGAGAUCGUGCAAGCUCUGAAGACAGUGAAGAGUCUAGUGAAUCAUUUCAAGAGAUUUAAAGCCGUGCAAGAAAAGUCUGGAGAGGAUGCCCCAGCAAGUCUCACCAAGGGUUUCAGCAUGUUAGAGGCGUUGGAAGCUGAUCUGCUAAAGCUACAAUUGGCAAACGUUUCACAACUCGCUGAGGAAGAGUGCAAGGCAUGGGUGUCUUCUGCAGUUGACCUAAUUGCUCAUUAUGAGAAUAUCAAGAAGGUUGCAGAGCAGAGCAACAAAGAUCUUGCAAAAAUGUUCCCAGAGUCCAAGGCGGCCUAG